AUGGGAAAACGAAUCCUCAAUAGGCCUUGAAAUGGUUGAUCCAUCUUCAUCACACACCUCCCAGCUCCCACAGAUUGCUUGGGCUUACGAGCGAGCAAGUCUGCUUUCUCGUGAAUAUAUAGUUAUUAUUGUUAUUUUAAAGCACCGACUGUUACAAUUUCCUUGAAACGGUGAGCCUGUGAGCCUGUGAGCCUGUGAGAGCUGCGUAACUGUAAAGUAGUCACUGGAAUACAAACUGAACUGAGCAGCGUUGUUUACACCCCCAGGCCACAGGCCCCAGCCCCAGCCCCGAAACCACCACUCUCGCCGGCUGGUUUUAACUUUCCGAGAAAGUUUAGUAAGGAAAUCUGAGUUUCGUACCCGAUCGAAAAUGUCUGAGACCGGGAAGUUGACGCCCAAUCUAGAUCAUCAGAGCACCAAGCUACUCAAUCUCACUGUGCUGCAGCGAAUGGAUCCUUUCGUCGAAGAGAUUUUGAUUACAGCGGCGCAUGUCACCUUCUAUGAAUUCAACAUCGAGAGCAAUCAAUGGAGUCGCAAGGACGUUGAAGGAUCUCUAUUUGUUGUUAAAAGGAAUGCUCAACCACGUUUCCAGUUCAUUGUAAUGAAUAGGCGGAACACAGAUAACCUGGUGGAGAACUUGUUGGGAGAUUUUGAGUAUGAAGUUCAACUUCCAUAUUUGUUAUACCGAAAUGCUGCCCAAGAAGUUAAUGGCAUUUGGUUUUACAAUCCCCGUGAAUGUGAGGAAGUUGCUGAUCUCUUUAGUAGGAUAAUAACUGCAUACUCAAAGGCUCCUCCUAAUCCAAAAGUUUCCUUGCGCAAAAGUGAGUUUGAUGAGCUUGAAGCAGUCCCAAGCAUGUCAGUCAUAGAAGCCCCUCCGGAGCCAUCAUCAACUGCCUCUACUGCAAUUGAUGGCCCUCAAGAUCUAUCAUUUUUGAGCGCCUUUAAUGCUGCUUUGAAUAUUGGAAAUAAUGCUUCAAAUGUAGCAAUUUCAAGACAGCCAUAUCAUUCUUCCCCUGUCCCUUUUUCUACUUAUGCGCCCAGUGCAAUGCCGGCUCCUUCACCAACUCCUCAAGCAUCUCUUCGUCCUAUUCCAGCUGCGUCUACUACAACCCUCCAUAACAUGCCUGAUCCAAUUAGCAGCACCAUUUGGAUUACUAAUCUUGUGAAACCCUCUUCCUUUUUGACGCCCCCUCUUUCCUCUUCCACGAUGAUGCCUCCAAUCUCUUCAUCUAUGCAAACUGCUGCUGCUGCUGUUCAUCCUCCACUAAAUUUACAGCGGCCAUAUGGCACUCCAUUGCUUCAACCCUUUCCUCCUCCUACUCCACCACUGUCUCUUACUCCUAAUUCCAAUUUGACAUCAUUUGAUGGACCUCAUAUUAGCAGAGAUAAAGUUCAUGAUGCACUUCUAAUGCUUCUUCAGGAUGACCAAUUUAUUGACAUGUUCUACCAAGCGCUGCUCAAGGUGCACAAAUCAUGAGGAAUGACAGGUACCUGGCUUUCGUGUCACAGUUUUUGCCGUGUAACAUCUUACAUGAAUGGCUUCACUCAGCAUCCGAGACAAGUUAGUUACCCCAUUGUCUCCUCCCUUGCAAGGGUUUUAAAAGUAGGCUUUCUGUGCGUGACAGAUGAGUUUGAUUUUCAUCAACGAAACGCUUGUAAAAGUUGUAGUACUACCACCUUUCUCGACUAUAAUGUUUUGGUGCAUACUGUUAGUUGUUGUUUUUUUUUGUUUA